CGUAAUCAGAAUGCGCCAGUCCGUGCUCUUGCUGGGUACAUGUGUGUGUUGAUAAUGAUGUCCAGGCUGCUGUCUGAGUGACAGCUAGGACGUCGCUCUCAGUCUGUGCUAUGGUUUCUUGUUUGGUGGUUCUGUGACUAUGUAUUUCAGCCGGUUUCCGCAGCUGGCCAGGUGCUGCCUGCAGCCAGUGGGCCGGGGAUUGCAGCUUGCUGCGGACUCCAGGGCUCCUGCCCUCCUAUUGGUGUCCAGGCGGCCUGGGAUCCGGGCAGGCUUCAGGGCUCUCUCCAGUGACUCCAGUAAACCCCCAGAUACCUCUCUGUUUCAUCCAGUGCAACUCAAAGCCACAGAGAGCAGUGACUCUGACAUUGGGGCAGAACUCACCCAGACCCUGAAUAAGAGUGAAGUGCUGAAAGUUUUAAACAAGUUUUAUAAAAGAAAAGAAGUACAGAGGUUGGGAUCAGAAAAUGGCCUGGAUGCCCGUCUCUUCCACCAAGCUUUUAUAAGCUUCCGAAAACAUGUCUUGGAGACAGACCCGUUACAAGUGGAACUGCACAUUAUUCUCAAUGACAUUUGUGCUGGGGUUGGCCAUGUGGAUGACCUUUUUCCAUUUUUCAUGAGGUAUGCAAAGCAAAUCUUCCCAAUGCUGGAUUGCAUGGAUGAUCUCCGAAGAAUCAGUGACUUAAGGUUACCUCCUAAUUGGUAUCCUGAAGCCAGAGCUAUACAGCGUAAGAUAAUUUUUCACUCAGGACCUACCAAUAGUGGCAAAACGUACCAUGCUAUUCAAAGAUAUCUAUCUGCAAAGUCCGGCGUCUAUUGUGGGCCUUUGAAGCUUCUUGCCCAUGAGAUAUAUCAGAAGACUAAUGACGCAGGCGUACCUUGUGAUUUAAUAACAGGAGAAGAGCUGGUAUACGUAGAUCCAGAAGGAAGGCCGUCAGCACACGCAGCUUGCACCAUAGAGAUGUGCAGUGUGAAUGCACCUUAUGAAGUGGCUGUCAUAGACGAAAUCCAGAUGAUCAGAGAUCCUUCCCGAGGCUGGGCCUGGACAAGAGCACUUUUAGGUUUAUGUGCAGAAGAAAUUCAUGUAUGUGGAGAAGCUGCUGCCAUUAACCUGGUGACAGAGCUGAUGUUUACAACUGGAGAGGAAGUAGAGGUGCGCACGUACGACAGGCUAACCCCUCUUAAGGUAUUGGACCAAGCUGUAGAAAGCCUGGAAAAUCUUCGCCCCGGAGAUUGCAUAGUGUGCUUCAAUAAGAAUGAUAUCUACUCUGUGAGUCGGAAGAUUGAAAUCCAAGGGUUAGAGUGCGCUGUAAUAUACGGAAGCCUGCCUCCAGGGACUAAACUCGCACAAGCAAAAAAAUUCAAUGAUCCCGAUGAUCCUUGUAAAAUCCUGGUUGCCACAGAUGCCAUUGGAAUGGGGCUUAAUUUGAGUAUAAAAAGAAUCAUAUUUAAUUCCCUGGUGAAGCCAAAUGUUAAUGAGAAGGGUGAGCGAGAGAUCGAUACAAUUUCUACCUCUCAGGCCUUACAGAUAGCAGGCCGUGCUGGUAGAUUCAGUUCGAUGUUUAAAGAUGGAGAAGUCACUACUUUGUACCGGGAGGAUCUAUCGCUGCUGAAGGAAAUACUGCGCAAACCAGUCGUUGACAUUGAGACUGCAGGACUGCACCCUACUGCUGAGCAGAUAGAAAUGUUUGCGUAUCAUCUACCAGAAGCCACUCUCUCUAAUUUAAUAGACAUUUUUGUAAGCCUUUCUCAGGUGGACGGACGUUAUUUUGUGUGCAAUAUAGAGGACUUUAAAUUCGUAGCCGACAUGAUCCAACACAUUCCAUUAAACCUCAGAGUUCGAUAUGUGUUCUGUACAGCACCAAUCAAUCGUAAACAGCCCUUUGUGUGUACGUCGCUUCUCAAGUUUGCCAGACAGUACAGCAAGAACGAGCCUUUAACAUUUGAUUGGAUUUGCCGGCAUGUUAAUUGGCCGGUCGCAUGUCCGAAGACCAUCAGGGAUUUGGUGCAUCUGGAAUCUGUUCAUGAUGUUCUGGAUCUUUAUCUCUGGUUAAGUUAUCGCUUCAUGGAUAUGUUCCCUGAUGCUACUCUGGUGAGGCAAAUACAGAAAGAACUGGACUCCAUUAUCCGAAUGGGAGUGUACAACAUCACUAGGCUAAUCCGUGCCUCAGAAUCUAACGGCCCUGUUUCUGUUGGUGAAACUGCCACACAUGACAAUGCCAAAGAGGACAUGCUUCCGAACCAGCUGCACAGACGACCUAGGAAAUCCAAAUUAGCCCAACCUCCACCCAGCAAAAUAGAGGGUUCUCUUGCAUCUCGGUUAAUUGACCAAGGCCUUCUUACCCCAGAUAUGUUGCAUCAGUUGGAAAAAGAGUGGUCAAAACGCCAAGAUGGACACCAGAACAAUGCAACAAAAACAAAAUCUUUUAAAGGAAAAAAGUAGUGUGGACUCAAAAGUGACAUUUUAAAUGGACAAAAUAAAUAAUAAA